AUGAUGAAAAGCGUCAUAGCAGAAGAGUUUAUGAGAUAUUGUUCACCUUUAUACCGAACGAGGUAUCGAGACAAUGUACCAUUAUUCUGUGAUGCUUACUAUAUCAUUACUCUUGGUGUUCCAGAGAUCUUGAAGCAGGUGUGGGAUCUAUCUGAUCAAGAUAAUGACAGCAUGCUCUCCUUUAGGGAGUUCUGUAUCGCUCUUUACUUGAUGGAGCGUUACAGGGAAGGUCGCACUCUUCCUACAAUGCUUCCAAGCAACAUCAUGCCUGGUGAAACUCUAGGUUUUGGCACAGCUCAACCUCCAGCUGCCUAUGGCAAUGCAACUUGGAGACCGGCAUAUGGUUUCCAGCAAUCAAAUAUUCCUGGUGCUUCAAGGCCGCCUCUCGCUGUUGCAAGGGGUAAACCACCAAGGCCUGUUCCUGCUUCUCACGGUGAAGGAGCUAUGCCAGCUGGUCAUCAGAAGCCCAAAGUUCCAGUGCUGGAGAAACAUAUAGUGGAUCAACUCAGCAAGGAAGAGCAGGAUUCAUUGAAUGCAAAGUUCCAGGAGGCAACUGCCAUUAAUAAAAAGGUAGAAGAGUUGGAAAAGGAGAUCACAGAUUCAAAACAGAAAAUUGAGUUCUGCCGUGUUAAGAUGCAGGAGCUUGUGAUUUGUAAUAUGCAUCUGUAUUCCCUGCCUGUGCUCAGUAAAGUAGAGAAUCAAUUGGAUGCAACAGAAACAAUAACUAAACAGUUUUUGCAUGGAGACCAUGUUUCCAAGGUUUUUCUUUUUUUUUCCUGUUGGGUUUUGCAGGAGCGUGCUGAGGGCAUUGAAUCUGCCCUGGAGGAACUAAUUAAAACUCUUAAUGAACGCUGCAAACAGUACGGAUUGCGUGGCAAACCAACGACACUGGUUGAGCUUCCCUAUGGCUGGCAACCUGGCAUCCAAGAAGGAGCAGCUGAUUGGGACGAAGAUUGGGAUAAGUUUGAUGAUGAAGGGUUCACAUUUGUCAAAGAGCUCACUCUGGAUGUACAGAAUGUCGUAGCCCCUCCUAAACAAAAAUCUUUGCCGAUUGAGAAUGGACCAUCAUCAACAAAUGAGGUUUCUAAUGCUUCAUGUCUGGAUAUCGAUGCUAAAUCAGAGAAGGUUGCAACUGCAGAUGAACACUCCUCUGAAAAGGAAUUGACAUCUGAACAAGGGGAUGCCUUGAAAAGAAGUCCUCCUGUCAGUCCAGCUGGGGGAGGUGCAGCUGAGAACCAACCUCCAGAAUUCCAAGAUUCCAGUCACGUAAAAAGUAAUGAUGCUGAUGGUUCCCGCCAUGCUGAAGACAACAGGAGUGAUCACGGUGGUGCUGAAUCUACAGUUUCUGCAGACAAAAUUUUUGAUGAACCUAGCUGGGGUACAUUUGACACUCAUUAUGAUACAGAUUCUGUGUGGGGCUUUGACUCUGAUAGUGGCAAGGACGGUGAUCACCGGAUAAAUGAUGAUCUUUCUGGAUUUGGUCUUAGUGACUUUAAUAUAAAGCCAAUAAAGACGGGCGCCACAAACAUGGAUGGCAUGUUCCCUGGAAUGAGCCAAUCUGUGUUUGCUGAUUCUGUCCCAAGCACCCCAGCCUAUAACUUUGGAAAUUCCCCACAGAGUUUUAGUGAAGGGUCAGAGUUUGGUAUAAGGCCAAUGACAGAGACUCCUCGUACCGAUAACAUAUUCCCUGGAGGCCCAUCUUUGUUUGCAGAUUCUGUUCCAAGUACCCCUGCCUACAAUUUUGGAAGCUCCCCUCACAGGUUCUCGGAGGAUCACUCAUUUGACAGCUUCUCUCAGUUUGAUUCAUUUAACAUGCAUGAGAGCGGAUUCUCUCAGUCUCCACGCCAUUCUCUAGCUAGGUUUGAUUCAAUGCGCAGCACCAGUGAUUCUGAUCUGUUCCCGUCGAGAUUUGAUUCGUUUAAUGCACAAAGGUUUGAUUCCUUAAGCGUGCACGAAAGUGGAUUUUCUCAAUCCCCACGGAAUUCCCUAUCAAGAUUUGAUUCCAUGCGCAGCACUGGAGACUCUGAAUAUAGUCACGGAUUCUCAUCAUUUGAUGAGACAGACCCUUUCGGCUCGAGUGGCCCUUUUAAGACAUCUUCAGACAGUCAAACUCGGAGGAGAAGUUCUGAUAAUUGGAGUGCUUUCUAGGAGACUAGGUAUGUUAUAAUCGAAGUGCGGGGUUUUCUUUACAGUUUGAAGGCUCAUUUAUAGAUGAGGUUUGUUCAUUGUAUGCGUGGUGGUCUUAUUCUUUAAUUAGUAUAUAGUUUGUGUUGUAUGUGACAAUGAGUGGUUUUGCUUGUAGCUAGGCCUCAUGUAAUAUUUCAAGUCUUCUUUCCAUGGACUUGUCAUUUUUUCACCCUCAUUGCAAUUUUCCUCGUGUGGAUAGUCAAGAGUAAAGAUAUAUAUGAUUUCUAUUUUCAUUUUUUUAA